AUGUCAGAAGAAAGGCUAGAACCAUGGCUUGUAUAUCUCCAUGGCGACGAGAAACCAAACGUCACAAAGCUUUACAGUUUGCCGCAACGCCGUCACAAUGUCAUAAACAUCCCUGGACUGCGAUCUACCCAUAAAAUCGACACCAGUUCUCACGGUUGGCUAGUUAUUACCGUAUUCGGUGACGAUGAUUGUGAAGAUGAUUACUUGCUAAAUCCUGUUACCAUGGAGAAGAUUCAGUUGCCCAAGUGGCCCGAACCCGACUUGGCCUAUGCCUUCUGCACCCUUUCUUCUCCUCCACAUGAUCGAAGUUGUGUAGUUAUGUAUAUCCUGGAUUCUGACCAGAAGGUAUUUCUAUAUUGUAAGCCCGGCGAUGAGUCUUGGACGAGACAAGAGGUGCAAGCUCCUUGUAAUUGCCCCGCCGUGGGCUAUAAUUUUGAUGCAAUCACCAGCAUCAAUAACGAGAUCUAUGGUCUCACGAUUUGCUGUCAAAGCCUCGUUAAGUUUCAGUUUGGUAGGGAUCACGACGAUCAUGAUCGCUGCUAUCUGAGAUUACUUGAUUUGAAUGUUAGGAAACCAAACCAAACUCAUCACUUCAUUAGGACCCGUGCAACCAUUUGCUAUUCCAUGGUCCAGUGCUCACCUACUGAGCUAAUAGUUGUUGAGGUACACUACGGGGAUGAGUUCCUCGUAGGCGAUUCUACCACGGACGUUGGUUGCAUGGGCCUUGAGUUAUACAAGGUGAAUCUCCGUGCCCAAGUAUGUGGGAGGAUGGAAUCUUUGCCUGGAGAAUCUGCUAUCUUCUUAGGCGCAUCUGAUCAUAACACAGUCUUCUAUAAAAUUCCAAGAGAUGAUCUGGACUCUGGACGCGUUCGUUGGAAUACUAUCUACUUUACUGAAAGGAAUGACAAGUAUCUUUACGCGUAUGAUGUUCAAGAGAGAAGUGUAAGUGUGUCAUUACCUUGCCCAGACGUGAAAUGUGACUAUGGAGGGCCAUAUUGGAUCCAGCUACCUGUUAACUGGUCUUCAAUGAAUGAUCCCCAACAACUACAAGCAGUAGCUUCUGAAGAUGACAGCCCUAACCGUGAAACCCCAUCUAUUGAAGCAAAUAAGAUCGCCAGCAAGCUGCAAAUCAUGAAGAGGGGCGGUGGUGUACGAGAUUGGUGGAGCGACCUUCUUAAUGACAUCCUUUAUGAAAUACAGUCUCUUCUAUUUGGUGCUGACCGGUGUUACUUCCGUCUAGCCUGCAAAACAUGGAAAUCAUCAUUCUCUAACUCAACCUCUGAAUCUGGUUAUCGAUCGGCAAAGCUGCAGAAAAUACAUCAAUUCCCAAUCCUUAUGCACAUAGGAAACGACGGUGAGCUAGUCAAUUUCUUCAACCCAAUAAUGAAUUCCACACACACCUUGCCGUUGUUGGGUUUGACGGGCGCAAUCAUCCGCUGCUCCAAAGAUGGAUGGUUGCUGAUAACACAAGGGAGUACAGGAGGAAGAACAGAGCAAAGCACCAGCAAGGUUAUCGACUUGGCUAGAAAGCCUUCUGCUGUAAAGAGAACAAGUCAGUUGAUUGAGUGCGAAGGGAAGCUUCUCUCCGUGUGUACAGGCCACAUAGGGAAACCUCUGGAAGUAUAUGAGAUGAAUCAAGAAUCCAUGGCUUGGGAAGAUGUAGGCAGUCUGGACGACACGAUGCUGUUUUUGAGCUAUACUUGUUUGUUAUCAGCCACCAGUGGAGUGCAGAUUUCCGGCUUAGGAAACAAGGUGUUCUUGGAUAGGUUUAGCGGGAAGGAUGGCGUGUUCUACUCUCUUAAAACAAGAAAAUUCCAUACUUUCUGGAGCGGAUACAACAGCAAUGACUGGUGUGGUACCAAGAAAUACACAAAUUGCGCUUGGAUCGUACCCAACUUGGAGACACAUAAGAAAGGAGAGCUCCAGUGGUUUGAUCCUGCAAUUCAAAUUGAGCAAGCAGAAGACUGA